UAAUAUAAAUGAAUUAAACUCAAAAUAUUACAAAGGUGUUUUAGUGUAAAAAUGUUGUUACAAAGAAAAUUGUGUUUUAUAAAUAUAGUACUUACAAUUACCUCUGUUCAGAGGGCAGAAAUGAAUAUAAAACAAGUUGGCACUUGUCAGCGACGCUGUGAGUUUUUACAACUCCUUAAAAGGAACAGUUGGGACUUCUUCACAGUUUUUUUUAGUUCGUAAACUCCGAAAUGCACACACGUCACGUUUGCAAAAUCGAUAAAUGAGAAUACACUAAUACGACGAUUUAUUUUAAAUUUCAAUAAUUGACAAGCUCACAAAUCUGGCGAUGAUGAUUACUUGCUCAAAAACCGAACAACGAGUAAACAUAUACUGUUUGAGAUGCAAGAGUUACAGUCGUAGAACUUUCAAAAUAACCGAAGGGUCAAGCUUCACGAUGGUGAAUUUACUUUAAGAAAAUGAAUUAUAGAAUGAUUCCGGAGCAACUGACGAUUGACAAUGGAUUUGCAUGGGUUUUUAUACUAGAAAAUUACCCUCAGUGGGAGUAAAUAAGUUCAAAGAUCACCCCAUCUCUAAGCUUGACUCUUAGAUUUUCAUAGAACUGUAACAAUUCUCAGAGCUUAGAUGAACACCUGCAUCCUGUAUCGCAUAGCACAAGUAUCGCUAUUACAUUGUCUACAAGCAUCUCACAAUAUUGCGACGCUAGAAUACUGUGCUUGCGCCUCGCUAACGCUUACAUGAGUCAUAAGUCCACUCGCUGCUACUGAGUAAUAUGCGUAGUAGUGUCAAAUGGCAUAGGUUUAAUUUCUAGGAAUAGCCUACCAGGCUUUCGAUAUUCAAGUCAAAGGUUAGCCUAUGCGAUUUGAUACAAGUGAGAAGUAGAUCAUCGCAUAAGACUUUAUACUUUAUGCAGCUGCAAAAACAAUUCCUAAGAAUUAGCUGAAGCAUUGCGUGGGAUUCAAAUUAGAAAAAUUUUAUAUACUGAACAUUAUUUAUAUUUUUGAAUAAUGGCAUUUUAAAUGCUUUAAGUUUAAAAUGUAUAAGAUUUAUUAUUUUAAAGUAAUAGAUAACUGUAUUUUAAAUAUAAUAGCAAAAAGAAUUAAUUAAUUUUGAAGAAUUAGGGCGAAAACUAGUGUAGAUAGUUUUCGCUCUUGUUCAACAACCACACGCGAUUCCUCAGCAUAGCCCUUCUGUAGCGGGAGGUCACCUUCGGUGAUGCAUCUACUCGCUAUAUCUAUAUUCACAUAUCCAUGCCUGUACGCACUAUAUCUAUAUAUAUCGCUCGCUCGCGACGAGUCAUAACAUGCAGGCAGAGAUAUGCAUAUAUAUAGAUAUAGUCGCGCGUAUAUGAAUAUGAAUCAAUGCUUUUAUAUAAUUUUUGAAAUAAUUAUAGUUUUAAGAUAUUAUUUUUAACUGUUUUAAAUACAAAAUAAAUUUUAUGGUUUAUUAUUUAUAUAUAUAUGUAUUGAACGAAGUUUAAAAUUUGUUACUGGGAUGUAACAGUCCUCCCUCCUUAGAAUUGUUCAAUGUCCCGAUUGAACAUGAAAUUGUUUUUGGGCUGCCCUUUUCUUUAAAACGUGACGUUUCUCUCUUUUUUUUUUUACAAAAAAAAUACUCAUUUUCUUACACUCAUACUGUAAGGGUGCCAACCGCGAAUUUCGAUGAUUUCAUUUACGGUAAGCAAGAACAGUGCAUAGAUAGGAAGUUAUGUGAAAAUUUUUUUUUUUUUAUUAAGCAUUUAUAGUGUGCAGUGUAAUGUGAGUAGUGUUAUCGGUGAUGUCUUCAGUCUAGUGAUCUGUAUUCUCUUGAGGAUGAUUUCAUCUUCCUCAGCUGGCCAUUGUCUCAAUCCCAGGGCAAUGAUCUUCAUCUCGCGAUUUUGUCAACAUAAUCUCAUCCUUAGAUGUUGGAAUGGGAGUAAUUAUCCAUUAGUAAUUAAAUUGUCAUCAUGGAGAGUGGACGCUCAUCAGCAUCGACGGUCAACUUAGAGGAUUACUUGGCAGGUAUGCAUAUUAAAAUUUUUUUUAAUAAUGUGGUAUUUAUUUAAUUGAUAAAAUAAUUUUGUAUAUUAAUAUCCUCUUUUUUUUUUAUUUUCAGGUCGAGUUCCUCCACAAUGCCCGGUCUCUUUCAGGGCGUAUAUGGAGCGAGUCCUGGUGCUGUCGGUGAUUUUGAAUCACCAUUUGGUGUCCUGGCAGCACCUGGAUAAUGUUCUUAGAACGACUCCAGCGCCUGUACGCCGACGAGGGAGGCCCAGCAGGGAACUCCUUGCCGAGGUCAAUGUUAGGUUGGCCCAGGAACGAGAGUGGGAAAGGGCGCAGCGAAUCGUUGGGGCCAUCACUCAGGACAUGUCUUUGGUUUUCCAAUUUUUGAGGUUGGUAUCCAUAUUUAGAAUUAAUUUUGUUUAUGAAUUUGAGAAGAAAAAAAAAAUUUUAUGUAAUAAAAAAAAUAUUUUUUUUUUUGUUUUCAGAUCUCCAAAUCGUCUUCCUGGGUGCUUCUGUGGCAGGUGUCAAUUGCGUGUGCCCAUUCUUCCUGAAGCAGUUCUCCAUGAUGUCCAGAGGGUCUCUCCGGAAGUGGUGGACCUGUCACCCGGCCCUUCCAACUACAUUCUUCCUUCUCCUGGACCUUCUUCAUCUGGGGCUGAUUCCGUCGAGGAAGUCGAGAUGGACUUCAAGGAUGAGGUCAUCGAUGUGGAGAUGCCCUGGUUUGAAGAAGUGACAGUGGAGGAAUGUGCGGGAUCCUCUGGAGAAACUUUUAAUAUUAGGGAAAAAGACCCUCUUGAAUUGUGCGCGAAUGACACUUUUAGUUAUAGUGAUAGUGAUUAAGUGUUUAGAUGUAAGUUAUGUAUAUGUAUAUAUAUAUAUUUAAAAAAAAAUUUUUUUUUUUUUUUAAUAAUAUAUUUUUAUUUUGGAAUGCGUGAUUGUUUGUAAGUGUGUUUGUGGUGAGAAUUGUAGUGUGAAUGUGUGUGUGUUUUCAAUAAAAUAUUUUUAUAUUUUUUAUAUAAAUUCUUAAUUUUAAUAUUUUUUUUUUUUUAAACUUCCUUCCUGCAUGGUCCUUACGAAAACCAUUCUCUUUU